AUGAGAGCCAAUCAGCUGCGGGGCUUUUUGGAGCUCGCGGUGGUGUCGGUGCUGGUGGUGUUGUUGUUGGUGGUGGUGGUGGUGACCUUCCCCGACCGUUUGCAGUCAUUGACGGUGCUUGCGCCUAUGAUUCUCUCCCUGGCUGCAGCAGCAGCCAUGAGUAGCGGCGGCAGGAGCAGCCUCAACUCCUCCUCCCCCCUCGACCCCUUCGACUCCUCCACCUCCUGGAGCCUGGGCGAGGACCCCUCCAACUCCUCCUCCGAACCGGUGGUGAGAACUCUGACCCCAGAACUGCAGCCGGCGACAACCGCCGUAGCCGUGCAGGAAGUCAGCCCCUGGGAUAUCGCACUUUGCGUGACAGGGACGCUAAUCUCCUGUGAGAACGCUCUGGUGAUCGCUGUGCUGUUCUACACGCCGACGCUACGUGCGCCGAUGUUCAUCCUGAUCGGAUCCUUGGCGGUGGCGGACCUCUUGGCCGGUUUAGGCCUUAUCUUGAACUUUGUCUUCACAUAUCUGGUUGACAGCUCGUUGGAGUUUGUGACUCUGUUGUCAGUCGGACUGCUUAUCUCCGCCUUCUCAGCGUCCGUCCUCAACAUCCUGGCUAUCACAGUGGACCGUUACCUGUCCUUGUACAACGCCCUCACCUACCACACAGAACGGACAGUCACCUUCACCUACGUGAUGGUGAUCUUCAUCUGGGUGUCGUGUCUAACGCUAGGAUUGCUGCCGGCUCUUGGCUGGAACUGUCUCAAGGACGAUUCGACGUGCAGCAUCUGCCGGCCUGUCACCAAAAACAACGCUGUGGCGCUCGCCGUCACCUUCCUUCUCGUCUUUGCCCUGAUGAUGCAGCUUUACCUGCAAAUCUGCAAGAUCGCCUUCCGCCACGCGCAGCAGAUCGCCGUGCAGCACCAGUUCGUGGCCAUCUCUACCACCAAAGGAGUCUCCACGCUGUCGGCCAUCCUGUGUGCCUUUGGGGCGUGCUGGCUUCCGUUCGCUAUGUACUCUAUAGUCGCGGACUCGACCUACCCUGUAAUAUACACCUACGCCACGGUUCUACCAGCCACCUGCUGCUCUGUGAUCAACCCCAUCAUCUAUGCGUUCCGAAACCCAGACAUCCAGAAGUCACUGUGGAUGGCGUGUUGUGGGUGCGUCCCGUCGAACCUCUCCCUCAGACCCAGGACCUCCAGUGACGUGUAG